AUGAGACGUGAGCAAAGUUCGCAUAGAAGAUUGUAUCAGUAUGUGUAUAAUUUUGCACGUUUAUUAGCUGGUCAAACGAAUUCCUCUAUUGCAGACCAUACAAACAACACACAAUUCACAGAUAUAAUGAAAAAUUCAAGUCUUGUUGCCGAUAUUCAAAUGACACAAGUCCAACUGUUACCAUUGAUCAAAGCUCGUAAUGCACUCGGUUUUAAUUUCACCCAAUCACCCUAUAUCAUCAACAUGACAUUCAAUGGUGCAAUUUCAUCUCAACUGACUAUAGCUCCAAACACAUCAGCGCUUCGAGAAAUUCGUGUCUCACCAGGCAAAAGCAAUGUGACCCUGUUACAAGCAAAAUUUUUCUUAACGAACAAAACGUGGACUGUGGCACUUAAUAGCUCGCUGAAUAAUACGAUAAAGAUUCCAUCGUCGAUUGCGUAUUUUUCUCGUGCUGAGAUACAAAUACUGAAUACGUCGGAUAAUCUGCCACCUUCUCGUGUUACUAUUGAAAUAGAUGGAGCUGAUUGCCAAAAAAACUGGAUACCAUCUUGGGCAUAUUAUCAGCCGCCACCACCUAUUCUAAUGACUACUCUCCUCGAUAUCUCAACAGCACCACCACAUAUCAGUAAUGCACAAACGGCGACAGCGCUAACGACCCAACAGUCUUAUACUCUGUCAGAAACAUCCACGACAACUUUGAUAUCUGUUGAACUGACAUUGAGUAGUGAUGAAGAAUCACUCUCAACCCAACAGAACAUGAUCAACACAGCUCAAACAACGGCAGGUAGUCUGAGUUAA